CCUGGCUAUCGAGACACGAGAAGGUCAGCAUUGCGCUGGAACAGUGUAUAAAGUGGUCAAAUAUCACCAUUAAGGGAUUCUCCCCAAUGGAUAAUCAAGGAGUCACGACAGACCCUCAGCUGCAGCAGUUUAUCGAGGUCGAGUCUCAAAAGCAGAGGUUUCAGCAGCUGGUUCAUCAGAUGACAGAAGUGUGCUGGGAGAAGUGCAUGGAUAAGCCUGGCCCGAAGCUCGACUCCAGGACAGAGGUGUGUUUUGUAAACUGUGUGGAACGAUUCAUCGAUACAAGUCAAUUCAUCCUCAACAGACUAGAGCAAACUCAGAGGAGUAGAGGAACCUUCUCUGAGACCAUGACAGACUAGUAGAACCACAGCCAAUGACAAGCCAUUUACUGAGGCUUUGGCAUGCCAGCGUAAGAACUGUGAGGUAACGGCUAUCAUCAGGAUUCAGUUAAUUUCUCAAAGACAAAGUGCCUCAUUUUGCUCUUUUUAAUAUUGCAAAGGCCAUUUAUUCAAAAUCAAAUGGAUGCAAGCCCUGUUUAUCGUUACCGUCGAUAUUGACAUUUCCCAGUGCUAAGACUUCGGUAUGAAUUCAAGGAAACAUCAUGGAACAUAAAAGUGAAAGGUCCCUUUGUACAGAUCUGAUCUGGAAUUGAGGAGGAGGCUCUGCUUUCCCUUUCUCUUCAACCUACAUACCAAGUCAGCACUGCAUUGUCUUACUGGGAAAUCUUCAAGAUCUGUGGCUUAUUCAGUGUGUGUUGAAAUAUGGACUUGAAAUAAAAUCAUAAAAUAU